GACGUUUUCUGUUUUUGUUUUUUCAUCAUCACUCACUCAGUCAUUCAUUCGUUCUUUAGUCUUUCUUUAACCAUAGUCACUCGUUUCACUAUGCGUCUGUCUUCAGGUCUUCUCGUGGCUGUUGCCUCGGGUGCUUUCGCCCAGAGGUUCACCAACAGCAGCACAUCUGCUCUUGAGUCUAGCACUACCCUCCCCUCCAACAUCGACACCACCACCGGUGCCGCUCCCAGCUCCACCACCAGCCCUGCUGCUUCUCAGUCCGUCGAUCUUAGCGACGCCGAUCUUGGUCAGGGAACCAGCCUUGUCACUGGUGCCAAUGGCCAGCCUGCUGUUCGCAUGGCCGCUGGUGCCAACGGUGUUGCUGAGUUCACCUCCUCUCCCGAGAUCACUGAGCUCGAGACUGGCAGCCAGAUUCAGAUCCGCUUCGACAUCUCCGUCAGCGCUGUAGUUGAGUCUCGCAAGCGUGACUUCGAGGGCUGCACUCUCGACGUCAAGCUCGACGGCGAGACCAUCUACUCCGAGCCCCUUGCCGACACCAACGGCGCUUCAGUUGAGCAGGCCAGCAACCCCACUACCCUCAACUCCGACAAGCCCGAUAUCCAGUUCCUCCAGUCUUGCGGUUCUGAGCCCGUUCAGCUUGAUGUCUCCAACCUCGCUGUCGCUGCUGCCACUGAUGGUGGUUCUACUGGUCUUCCCACUGGUGCUGCUACCGAGACUGGUACCGAGACUGGCACUGAGGUCGCUACUGGUACCAACUCCGAGGGUGCUACCACCAACUCUGAGGGUGAGACUGUGAUCCCCACUGGCACCGAGACUGGCUCUGCUAUCGCUACUGGUACAAACUCUGAGGGUGCUACCACCAACUCCGAGGGCGAGACCGUCAUCCCUACUGGAUCUGAGACUGCCAUCGAGACCAACAGCGCUGGCUUCACCACCAACUCUGAGGGUGAGACCGUCUUCCCUACUGGUACUCAGACCGGCUCUGCCAUUGCUACCGGUACCAACUCCGAGGGUGCCACUACCAACUCUGAGGGCGAGACUGUUGUUCCUACUGGUACUGCCACUGGCACCGAGGCUUCUGCUUCCGCCUCUGCUACCUCCCCCGCUGGCUUCCCCGGUUCCGUCGGUGUCUUCACCCUCUUCGGCUGUGUCGGUUCUUCCGCUGGUUUCCCCACCUUCGAGCUUGCCGAGACCAACGCUCAGAUGGACCUCGAGCGUUGUGCUUCUCUCUGCACUGGCCGUGCCUACUUCGGUGUUUACGAUACUGCUUGCUACUGUGGUGAUGAGAUUGACGCCGACAACACCAGCCGCGUUGAUAUCGACCAGUGUGACAUCGAGUGCCCUGGCGACAAGGACAACUUCUGUGGUGGUGAUGGCCGCCUCAACCGUCUCCGCGCUCGUCAAGCUGUUCCCGCUGGCCGUCUCCUGACCGUCUACGCCUCUGCCAUCGGCGCCGGUGCCACCGUCACUGACUCCGUCACCCAGACCGUCACCGACGAGACCACCAUCACCACCACCUUCACCACUGCCAUCACUGGCGCUGAGACCACCACCACCGCUACCGUCACCGCUGUCCAGAUCUGCGUCAACGGAAAGUGCUACAGCCAGGGCUCUGACCGCACCGUCUUCAUCUUCAUCGAGGUCAACGGCAGCGACUGCGACAACGAGUGGGUCUACAUCACCGAGGAGUGCUCUUGCCAGGGCGGCAAGCAAUACGUCCCUAAGUUCUGCUCCGGUGGAAGCUGUGCCGGCGAGAUCGUCUACAAGACCCAGGAGUGCCAUGACUGGUGGAACCACGAGACCUUCUUCGUCGCUGCUGACUGCGGCUGCAAGGAGGAGACCGUUAUCUACAAGCCUUGGGAGAACAGCUGGGGUACCCCCAACAACUGCAAGGCUGAGCUCGUCCCUGUCUGCUCUGGCCCCAAGUGCCCCGUUGUCAAGGUUCCCACCCACGGCGGUUACACUCACCCCUUUACCAACGGCACCUGGACCAACGGUACCGCUCACUGCUCUGGUCCUCAUUGCCCCAGCCCUGUUCCUCAGUGCUCCGGCCCCAAGUGCCCUGCUCCUCACUGCUCCGGCCCCCACUGCCCCAGCCCUGUUCCUCAGUGCUCCGGCCCCAAGUGCCCUGCUCCUCACUGCUCCGGCCCCCACUGCCCCAGCCCUGCUCCUGUCUGCUCUGGCCCCAGCUGCCCCAGCACCAAGGUCGUCACCCUUGUUCCUCAGUGCAGCGGUGCUAGCUGCCCCGCCAAGCCCACUGGUUCUCAGGAGACCGGUGUUCCUUGCAACGGUGCUGACUGCCACGUUGCCACUGCCACUGACAGCAGCCCCAAGCCCACUGGCACCGUCCCCGCCAUCGUCAACGGUGCCGGCAAGCAGGUCGUUGGAGCUGCUACUCUCUUCGCUGCUCUCUUUGCGGCCCUUCUCUAGAUGUUAGCAUCUCCUUCAACCUCUUCUUCUUCCGGGGCCUUUUAGAAUAAUGACCUUCUAGUCGAGCUAUUAAUUAGACCUUCAUUUUGCAUGCUUAAACUUGACUUUGUCCCUGUGACUACUGAAUUUUCAG